UGGGGGUGAUGCAAUGGCAGUGACAGGGGAGCCGUGAGGGGAGCUGCGCCGAGCCGGGUCAGGCUGGACCGGUCAGAGUCGGGCCGGCCGUCGGCGAACGGGUGAGGGCCGGGCCGGAGAGGGGAUGGGGCCUCGUUCUCUGUGUUGCUGCUGUUUUGAAUCUACAAGCCAAGGAAUUAGAAGACAUUAAAUUUAGUUGAAUUGUAAAUAAAUAGAUCUUUUGAAGUCUCACAAAAUGGCUGAUAGUCCAAACUGUGAUUUGAAAUCUCUGAGUCCGCUUCAGCUGUUUGAAAGAGUAACUGAACAAGGAGAGAAAGUCAGAGCACUCAAAGCCGGAAAAGCAGCAAAGGAUGAAAUUGAAGCAGCAGUGAGGAUGCUAUUAUCAUUAAAACUGUUAUAUAAAACAACAACAGGACAAGAUUACCAGGCAGGUUUGCCUCCAAGAGAUCUUGUAUUAAUAAACAAUGGUACAAGUAAAGAAGAGGAUGAGGAUUUUGUGGACCCCUGGACUGUGCAGACAUCAAAUGCUAAAGGCGUGGAUUAUGACAAACUCAUAGUACGGUUUGGCAGCAGUAAAAUUGACACAGAUCUGAUCAAUCGAAUAGAAAGAGCCACUGGGCAAAAACCUCACCGCUUUCUACGUAGAGGAAUCUUUUUUUCUCACAGAGAUAUGGACCAAAUCCUCGAUGCUUAUGAAAAUAAGAAGUCCUUUUACCUUUAUACAGGCAGAGGGCCAUCCUCUCAGGCAAUGCAUGUUGGUCAUCUUAUCCCAUUUAUAUUCACAAAAUGGCUGCAAGAAGUAUUUGAUGUUCCCUUAGUUGUGCAGUUAACUGAUGAUGAGAAAUACCUUUGGAAAGACCUGACAAUUGAGAAGUCAUAUGAGUAUGCUAGAGAAAAUGCAAAAGACAUCAUUGCAUGUGGUUUUGACAUCAAUAAAACCUUUAUAUUUUCUGAUUUAGACUAUUUAGGAACAAGUACUGGAUUCUACAAAAACAUUGUUAAAGUUCAGAAGCAUGUUACAUUUAACCAAGUGAAAGGAAUCUUUGGAUUUACAGACAGUGACUGCAUUGGAAAGAUCAGCUUUCCUGCUAUUCAAGCUGCUCCAUCCUUCAGUUCAUCAUUUCCACAGAUCUUCAAUGGCAAGGAGAACAUUCAGUGUCUUAUCCCAUGUGCUAUCGAUCAAGAUCCUUAUUUUAGAAUGACCCGGGAUGUAGCACCUAGAAUUGGACAGCCUAAACCAGCCUUACUGCACUCAGUCUUCUUCCCAGCUCUGCAAGGAGCACAGACAAAAAUGAGUGCUAGUGACCCCAACUCCUCCAUCUUCCUCACUGAUACACCCAAACAAAUCAAGACAAAGAUUAAUAAGCAUGCCUUCUCAGGAGGCAGAGAUACUAUUGAAGAGCACAGGAAGUAUGGAGGCAACUGUGAUGUUGAUGUAUCUUUUAUGUACCUGACUUUCUUCCUAGAAGAUGAUGACAGGCUUGAACAACUGAAGCAAGCAUACACAAGUGGGGAAUUGCUCACGGGGGAGCUGAAGAAGGUUCUUAUUGAAACAUUGCAGCCCUUGAUAGCAGCUCAUCAAGAGAGACGGAAGCAGGUCACAGAUGAAAUGGUGAAGCAAUUCAUGACCCCACGGAAGCUAGCUUUUGAAUUUUGAAGAAAUGCAUAUGCAACUUACCACUUGAUAAACCAAAACUGAGUAAUUGUUGUCUCCUGUUGUAUGUCAUCACUCCCUAGUUAUGUACAGCCUGCAAUCAGUGCUUUAUAAAUACUGCUUUUAAUGAGUUAAUGACAAUGAACGUCAGAGUACAGGAAAACUUUAAAAUAGGACUCCUAUCUGUUUAAAAUCAGAAUAUAUAAGACAGAAUUGCCCAGUCUUUCAGAAAAGCAUGCCUGUCAGCACAACACUGUAUUUUAUUGUAUCUCAUGUUGAAAAUAUAAAUAAAACUUCCAUUUUGAUGAUAAAACCUAACUUGUAAAUUGGUUCAGAUAUGUUGCUAGGAGGUCCUAUCUCAAACUAAUAAUUAGCAGCUCCAUUUUCUUUUCUCGUACAUACCUUGGUUUAGGAGACUGCAUGUCCUUUAGGGCUCCUGGGAACAUGCUGCACACAAAAAGAUAGUGAAUGCUACAAAAUAGAUUACAUAGUGACUUAGGCCUGGGAUCGAUGCAGAAAGAAUGGAGACCCAUGAGUUGAACAUGGGAGAAAGAGUAUCAGGCUCAUUUUGCUAUCGUCUUCCUCCCUGACCAGGGGAAGGCUGCAGAAAUCUCACUGUGCUUUUGUUUCUGCAGCUAUUUAACUGGUCUGAAUGGCUCUGGAGGGUGGAGGUUAUCACAAGGUUGUAAAGUUCAUAUUCUCAGGCAGAAGGGAGUAUAGAAAUGCAAAUUUUAGUUUCUAGUUAUAAAAAAUACCAAGUGUUAAACCAUGCUGUGAAAAUGAAGUCGCUGCUGAACACAGGGAUACUUCUAGCCUAUUCUGUUUUACUGCACCAUGUCAUUUAAAUUAGAGGUACUUCUUUUAAGAUUUUAAGAGAAAAUAUAUUCUGUUAAAAUACCUCAUGUAAUAUUUAAUUAUCUCCUUUCUUAAAAAGAACUUUAAUGUAUUUGCUAUAAUUUAUGGAAGAAAAAUUCAAAUUAUUAGCUAAUUUAUUUUAAUAUGUGCAGUGCUGAAUGAAAACUGUUAGAUCUGUCUUGUAUUUAUAUAGAAUAGGAAAUUGCUAGCCCAGAUACAGCCUUAUCUACAUCAAAUAAAAAUACCUUUGAUAACACAGGUGGGAAUUGAUGUGUGGUAUUUGCAAAUCAUAUAAAAAUCCAAGGAAAGCACUUGAAUGAGGUGUGAAAGUUUUAAACUUUAACAGGUUCUGUACUGUGGGGCCCAUAAAUCAACUGCAGCAUUCUUAAAAAAAAAAAAAAAAAAAAUUAAAAAAAAAAAAAGCACACUUUUAAUUUAACUGUAAACCUUUGAAGUUGGCUGAUUACACUUGGGCUGAGGUAGAAGUUUCAGAUGUGAGACUUUAGUAGACCUUGGAUCAGCCUGUUGGUACAUGGGAACAUGCUGGGCUAUUUGUGCUGCCUGAACCUGAUGCCGCUGCUUUCCCACCAGGAGCAGUUCUGUACCGCAGCGUCCACGUCCUCUCCAGCACUGACGUGGCCUUUCUGAGAUGGUGCUGACAGAGUGCCAAGUUGUAUAUGAAGUGCCCCUGUUAGUUUAUAUUUGUGCAACGAACCAAGGAAAGCCUGAAGUGCAAAGCGAGUUUAAUCCUUUUGCAGGUGUUUCAAACCUGUGCUGAAAAUAGUGAUCCUCAGCUUUUGUCUUUUUCUUCACAGGUUAUGUGCGCUGGCAUCACUAAUCUAAUGCUAUUGACUUUAAUGUAUUAAAGUAAAUGUUUGCCAGCAACUGUGUCUCUAUAACCCACAGACGUAGGAUCUCAGUGCUAAUAAGUGUUUAACAAGCAGUAGAGAAGCUUUCUUUAAAAAAAAAAAAAAAAAAAAAUUCUUAGAAAAGAAAAAUAGCUUCUUAAAUCCAUUAAUAAAUCAACUAAUUCUUGGUUACUGUACAAUUUAAUUAUGACCUCCCUGUUCUUGCAGUCUACUCUUUGUCAUCUUUAGGCUAUACAUAAAAGAUAAGACUUAAGUUGAAUUUUAAAGGGCUUGUACAAACUCAUAAUGCAAAUUUCUUCUUUAAAAUAUUAUAUGCAGAUGUGUCCUGCAAGAUUUAUUUCAUUUAUUCAGGAAAGGGAAAUAAUGCUGUAGGAGAAACAAUAGCGUUUUCUAUUCUAGCUAAGUAUAUGGAUUAAUCAUAACAUGGCAAUUAAAAUCUGGUUUGAAAGUUCUAGAAAGGAAAGCGAUAGCAAAAUUACUUGGUAUCUGUUUACUCAGCAAGCACCUUACUCAAGUACUCUGGUGAAUUCUUACAAACAUGCUUCUGAAAUUAUACAGUUUCUCAGAGGAGUCUUGGCAAAUUCCUAAGUCUGUUGUAAUUGCAGUGUCCCAGAGGUAUUUAAGUCAAGACAAGACAGUCUUCAAAAGCACGUCUGAAGUGUCUAAGAAUGUUAUCAGGCAGUGUUCAUUACAUUUUCCUCAAUAUGCUCAUAUUUUGUUCAUCUCUCUGGAAUAAAAAUGUAGAUAAAAGUCUGUAUCAAACUUCUUUGAUGUUAUUUGGGGUUUUUUUUAAUUUUUAAAAGACUUAAUUUACACAUACUCUGUUUUUGAGCUCUCUUCCUACCAUUUAGGUGUUGAUUUAGUCAUCUGAUGGAGCUGGUCCUUGUUUUGGUGUCCAGUGCCUUUCACAUAGUGAAAUAGGGUGCCUUAUACUCCCCUUUAUCCAUUCCUACCAGGUAGUCUUCAGAUUGCUCCCAGCAUGAGCUAAUAAGGGUCAGUUGUCCAAAGAUUAACUGGUGGCAAGCAAGACUGAAUGUUGUACUUCCCAGUGUACAGCAGCCCGCUCAGAAAUAGGAGAAGGUCGCUGUGACCCAUUUACAAUGACACUUCAGUAGGUUUGGCAUAAAGACUGGCACUUAAGUGGAAACAUGAUACUCCACAAUUGCUGUUGUCUGAAGAGCACAGAUUCUGAAUAGCUUCACAUGGCUCUUUGACAGUCACCAAGAAGCAUGCUGAAACCUACUUGGAUAUUCAUAAAGAUUGUCAGAGAAAACAGGAAUUACUAGUGACAUGAAAACAUGAAGCAGAAUGUGCCUUCUAAAGAAACUUUUAUUUUUUCCAAGGCCACCAACUUUGUUACUGAUAGAAGUAAUCUAUAAACAACCUGCAGUCCCUAUAGCAAUGUAAACCCAGUAUCAGCACAGCAAAUGUGGUGUCUUCAUUCUGUUAGCUGGCCUUCAGCUAGCUUAUUUGUCAGAAUAAAUAGUUCUGUGAUUAUCAGAGUUGUUGAAGGUCAAGGUAAUACAAAGAAAUCAGAAAA